GCUGAAGUCAUAAAUUAUUUAGAGGAAAUAGAGCAAGGAUAAAUGGCAACCCUUCUAUCGAAGUUUGAGGAAUAUGCCUGGAACGAAGCAAUUUGGACAAGACUCAUGCCUCUGGCCCUGAAACCCCCAGUGGAUCACUCCCAUUUAAUUUGCCAGGCGAGGAGAGUAGUACACUACAGAGUCAUCAUGAAAUUUAGGGCUUCUCACUUCUGCUACGCGUAGUGAAAUUGUUUAUCAAGGGAAAGUAUUCAUAGUCAUUCAAUAACUAGGAAUAUAGAGCAGUAAUCUAUGGUAACUAUUCAAGUGAGAACCCUCCUUUUACCAAUGUUUAAACUCUUGAGGGUUCUUCAGGACUGAAUCAUUCAAAUCGGUGCACCUAUGACAGAUAUGUUAUGCCUCUCAAUCCGAUCUCUACAAAAUUGGCUCAAUCUCCUCUAAAUCAGCCUCUCCAAAGGUCUAUUUGCGAAAUUUUCAUCAUUCUUCGCUACUAUGGAGAAGUGUGGAAGUAAAAACAAACUAUCACCAUAGUUGUUUAGAAGUGUGAAGCUGACACUCUCAAUCCUCUUCCACCUUCCAGUGGUUCUUCUUUUCACAGCUCCAAAUUCAGCAUAGUAGCACUCAGCAUUACCAGAAUCCGCAGUUGCAUGUGGCUCUCGCCAAGUCCGAGCCCAGUUGGGAUCACCAAAAGCUGGGGAUAAUAAGCUGAAAUAUUAUCCCGAACCUCAGACAAUUCUACAAAGUUUC